AUGGUGCAAAUAGAUAAUAAUGGAGCUUUGAAUGGGGUGGAGUUAAGAGAAGGAGGAAUAAAAGAUGAUCAAGGCUUAGAAAGAGUAAAUAAGGGGGGCCACACAAAAUUAGGUAUAGAAGUGGGUUUGAAGGAUGAAAGCAAACCAAUAUUAAAUGCAAGAAGAGGUAUUGCUAGAAUGGUAGCAGAUAUUGUGUUGGGAAAGGAUUCAACAAAGAAUUAUAAACAAGGAAGUGCAGCAUAUUUGAUUGAUAAAAUUCAGAAGAUGUUAAGAAUAAUAAGCUUGGUAUUUUCUUUAUUGAUUUUGAUAUUUAUAAUUACUUCUAGAAUAAACAAAGGAAGGAAAGAUAUUUCUGGUUCAUUUCCAGUAGGACCUUUAGGGAGAUCAGUAAAGUUUGAUAUGAUGUUGGACACUUUAGAAAAUGAACAUGAAAAGUUACAAGAGGAGUCAUCUGGUGAGAAAAGCGACAUGAUUGGAGCUAUUAAUAAAGGGAUUGAAAGCAAAAAAAAUGAUGAUAAUGAAAAUUUUAAAGAUUUUGAUAGUGAAGUUUUAGAUGAUCCAGAAUAUUGGGCAGAUGAUAAUGAUAAAGAUUUAUGGGAAGAUGAUGCGGAUGAGUACUAUGAUAUGGAGAUAAUAAGCUCUGAAAAAGACGAGAAUGAUGAAGAUUUGCAAGUUAGUGAUACUAUUAAAGAAGAUAAUAAAGUAGAAGAUAACUCUGAAAAUGGUAAAACAGUUCCAAAUGAAAAUAAUACUCAAAUAAUAAAAGGAAAAAGGAAUAAAGGCUUAAGAUCAAAAGGAGUAGAGAUUUUGUUGCCUUCUUCAUUAACUUUAUAUGGCAGAGUAACACACGAAGAUACAUAUAUUAAUGGAGUUUAUAAUAUGAUUAUGGAAGAGAGAAAAGAUGGAAAAAAUUAUCCUAAAUUACACCAUGGAAGAGCAAUUUACAAAAAAGAAGGUAAAACAAGCAAAAAUAAUAUAAUUCCAACCUUAUUUAUAAUGUUUGAUGGUACUCAUGAAUUUUGGAUAAUUACUUCAAGCUUGGAUCCUAAUUCAAAACCUUUAGCCUUUUUACCAGACCACGCAUUAAUACCUAUAAGACAUGUUGGUCCAUAUGGAGCCCAUUCAAAUUCUACUUGGGUUUUUAGAAACAAUAAUGGAAUUUUAAAGGACUCUAGUGUUCGUAUUGUAGAAAAUAGUUCAAUUGAAUUUCCAAGAGUACCUGUUCACAUUACUAAAGCUACUCAUAAUUGGCAUAUUAAACAUCAUAAGGCUAAUGGUAAAGUAUAUUCUAAACUUAAAAAUGAAACCUCUAAUACUAAUUUAAAAGUUUUUAAAGAUCCCUACAACUAA